AAUUGGGAAUAAUUGGUCAAGUUUACUGUUUUUUGAUCUGACAACGCUGCAGACUUUUGAAUUAAAUUAUUCCUCAAUAAACUACCAUAAUGCUAGACCCCUGUAAUUCCUUUUUGGACAGUGAACCAGAAGUUUGUGUGGAGCUUGAAGCGGGGACUGAAGAUCUUGUAGACGGCGACUUUGGCGUAACAGGGACCCUGUUCGCUACACUUCUGUCAGACGUUACGGACAAAAGCAGUACCGAUAUAUUCACUGAAGUUAUGAGUUGUAACAACUCAGAUAGUGAGAGUGAUGAAAUUUUAGAUUAUCUUUCUAAAACACAAGAAAACUUGAUGAAAGAAGUUAGUGAAUUACAGGAGUCAGUCAGAUUAACAAGGUCAUCAACUAAACCUGUUGUUAGUACAAAGGAUAACAUAAAAAGCACCUGUAAACAAUCUGUGUACAGUCGUCCUCCAUUAAUGUGCUCGAGUACUGUCAAUAUGAAAUCCUCACAAGUAGAAAUAAAGAGACAAAAUUCACUUGAAAAUCCAAAUAGUGGUAAAAAUCCUGAAAAAUGUAUGAACAAAAAUGCAAUUAUUGCUAGAGAAAACCGUGAGAAAAAGAAACAGUAUGUUAAAAGUCUUGAAAAUAAUUUGGAAAGUGUAAAAAAUGAAAACUUUGAUCUGAAAACUAAACUUGAAGCAAAGUCAAAGCAAUGUGAAUUGAUGCAAAAAGAAAUAAAAUAUCUGCGUAAUGUGUUAGCAAAUCAGUCAUGUAUUUCAGCUCUUUUAAACAAUAUUCAUGCCACUAAGGGUGUUGCAUUCACUUCAUCACUCCAAACAAUUGAGCAAAUCGAAGACUUAAAUUCAAAUAAAAUUGAGGACAAUAAUUCUAAGAAAAGGUCUUUAGAUGAAAAUGACAAUUAUGAAAAGACACCUAAAGGCAUUUAUGUUAGGGCAACAGGGUCCCAUAAAAAAGCCAAGAAAGAUACUGAGGAGUCCAUGGCAGAAGACUUUAGUCCUCCCCUGACGCCAUGUUCAAGUCCAGAUGAAGUUGAUGGUGCUGGGGGUGUGUGCCUUCAUGUCAGUAACAAUAAAGUGUCUUUGGAAUUGUGUUCUAUUUGUGCUGAAAGUGCUAGCAAUGCUUGGAGUAAAGCAGCAAUGAUUGAUGUAGCUGUAAAAGAUUAUACUGUUAAGGAAGAGAGAAAGUAAACUGCUGAUAGCACGGUGUAGUAUGACCAAAUAAAUGGUCUGUGUCAUUUUUCUUAUAAAUGUUUACUGUUGAUAAUCAUUCUUGAACAUGAAAUGGAGUUGAAAGAUUAAGAUUUAUUCACUUAAGAUUGAUUUGCACAUACUUUUACCAGUAUUUAAAAGCAGAUUUAAUUCCUUUUGUAUUAUUAAUUUGUAAAAUAGUAUAAAAAUGUUCAACUCCAUUUAAUAGUUCGAGAAAAAUGUUCUUUUUCAGCAUUUAUUAUUUAUGGGGAAUUGAAUACAUGAAAAUGAAACAAAUGGCAAAUUUUUUGACUACAUUAUAUAAAAAAUAAAAAGUACCAUAGGUCUAUGUGCAGAUUCUUAGUAUAUAUCAGUACUGUAGUAUUGUAAUUUUUAGUACCAGCAUAUCAUAAAGAGUCUGAAAAUGUUGAAAUUUAAAGUUUAAAGUUAAAAUGUCAAUUGAAUAUUUGAUUAAGAAGUUAUUAGUUAUUAACAUUUACAAAAAUAAUUGGGGAAUUUGGGUUAAGUUAAGUUAAAUGGGUGGGGCGGGGCUCACAAUCUUACAUUGUUGUUUAUUUCAAUGUUUAUCUUACUUUCUCUUUCAGUGGGCAGAGCUGAGAAGCGAUGAGUAAAUAUGAGAAGCAAAAGGGUUUAGUUUUCAAUAGAAUAACUUGAAAUAAUGGUAAUUGUUCUUCACAAUUUUAUUUUGUUGUUGUAAACACUUGUUUGUAUACAUUCAUGUACAUUGUUGAAUUAGUUACCGUGAAUUUCAUGCAUAUAUUUCAUUAUUUCAAAUUUUUACUAUACAGCAUAUGUUGUUUCUUUAUUGUAAACUAUUUAACUUUUCAAAUUCCGAACAAAAUACUAUGUAUGCAGGAACAGAUAAUGACUAAUGCAGGAUUAAAAAAAACCUUAAUUUUUAUCAUUUUUUUCUGCAUGGCUGAUUUCAAGCAUAAAAUAAAUGCAAUACUUCUCAGAAUCUAGAAUCUGAAAAACAGCCUUUAGAUUUUCCAAAAUAAAAGCUUUUUAAUUUAUUAUUAAGUUUGUUUGUCAAUAAUGGUAAGACAUGUUUUUCUCCAAUUAUUUGAGUAAAAUGUGUGAGUCAAGGUGUAUUAAAGAUUAAUUAAAAAUUGAUUGGUACUCUCCGAAGAUUUGGUUUUAAAAAUACUUCGAGGAAAACCUUUGGAUCAAAAUGUGUUCAGUGUAAGUUGAAACUUGCUCCUGCAUUUUACGUCUUUCUGAAAAUUUUGGACAUUUUUGUGAUAAUUCACAUUUGUUUUUGUCAGUGGAAAAUGUUUCUAUAUGUUUAUAUCCUUGCGAAUUUCAGUAUCAAUUUUUUUUCCUUCAUAUUAUCCUUGGUUCAAAUUUAAGUUCACAUUCAUGGAAUGGAAGUGAAAUUUUCGGAUUAUAAGUUGAACUAAACGUUGAGGGCGAGCUAUUAGUAUACGUGGAUUGUCCUGCAUCUUUUAUCAUAAUUUACAUAAACAUGAAACAUUUAGCCAGAGUUACUUCAACUUUGUAGCAUCCUCACUGGCUACAUGUAGAUCAUCCCUCAGUUUUGUUCAGAUGGGCCACGUGACCUCUUUCAGCUGCAACUAGAGCCAAAAAUAAAAAAUCUUUAAACAAUUUCUUCUCGGAUUCUCAAAGAUUCUUGAUAGAUCUUCACCGAACUUGGUCUGUAGCAUCCUUUUACAGAACUCUCUCAGUUUUGUUUGGACCAAUUUGACCUUGAUCAGGGGCUGCCAGAUCUAAACAUAUAAAUCCUUUAAUGAGCCACUAAUUGGAUUUUCACUGAACAUGGAUACUACUUAUUGUCAUGACCAAACUUGGUCCAUACUAGCAUCCUUGAAUGGACUUUUCUCAAUUGGUUAAAUUCCAAAUAACCCCUGCAGCCCUGCUAGAGCUAAAAAGAAAACCUUGAAUCAACUUUUUCUCAUGAAUCUUAACCAAAUAACAUUUCUUAGGUGAGCGGCUUGGGGUGAUCAUGACACUUGUUUCUUUAGAAAUCUGUAAUUCAAAACUAUACAUGAUAGCACAAAAUAUGAGUUGCUGGAAUUUUUAACUUGGAUUUUUAGUUCCGAUAGGUGGAUUAAAAAAUGCAGAUUGAAAAUUGCAGGUUCAUUUUCUUAGCCAGUAGAAAAAAGUGCAAGCAGAUCAAGCAGAAUUCGAACCAUGUUAUCUUCUAUUAUUACAAAAUUUUUGAUACAUUAUUAUUGUGAAAUAUUGUAUUUGAGCAUGUAAUAUUGGAUAGUUCUGUUAUUUUGUCAGAUAAAACUGGAAGGCGAGCCCCUAUAACACCUGCCUAGGGGCUGGAUACAGAUCCGUCUUUUGCGUUUGUAAGUAUAGAAACCAUUCCCAUGUCAGGUAGGCUAGAUUAGGCUCAUUGAAACUCGAAAGUAGUAAUGAAUGUUCUGUGGAUACUCGAAAUUAAUUUUCUGCAUCUAAAAAGAACCACGAAGUGUGUUAAACACACUGAAAAAAAGUUAUAAGAAGAACAGUUUAUUGGUGCAGAAUUAUUUCAGAAAUUCUGUUGUGUAAAGAUCAUAAUGCCAUGCAUACCAUAUAUAUAUAUGUUGACUUUUGGGGCAUGUCAUUUACAAAUUGACUUUUGUUUCCUUAUUAAAAAUGGGGAAAAAAUCUUAACAGUUUUAUUUUCCAAUAAUCAGUUGAUACUUUUACAACUUGGUCAUUCUUCAGAGAAAGGCAAUUUGUUUGGAAGAUUUUAUUACACAAUUUCAGUUGAUAUAUCAUUAUACUUCGGUAUGAAACUGAUAAAAUUUAAUAGGAAUUUUUUGAUAUGUUUUCAUUAUAACAUUUUCAGUAAGAGUUCUUAGUUUAAAUAUGAGAUUGUAUGUUUUAAUUUAUUUAUACAGUGCAUUUUCUAUAGCUACACAUAUCACUGUAAAAUCUAGAAAAUUUGUGAGUCAGUUGCCAUGGGAAUGGUUUCAUGCUGGACAACAAGGUAUGUUGCCAUGUAUAAAGGAAAAAGAAGUGUAGAUUAUACAUCAGUUUUGUCAUUUAAAACACCAACUGAUGUCUUGUUCCAUUUUGUUUCCAUCAAAGUUGUUUGAGCUUUCAAUGCAAAUGAAUUUAAAUGUCUUCUAUCACAUGUAAGUUUUGAUAUUGAAAAAAAAUGUUAAUAUAUUUAGCUGCAUGCUGUAGUUCAUGGAUACAGGCUUCGUCCAAAUCGGAAUUAAUGCAGUAUACGAGUAGAACUUUUUGAAUUAUUUUUCAUACACAUGUAUUAUAUUGAUAGGACUUUACGACUUUACUUUGCAAUAUUUUAGGUAGUAGAUUUAGUCUUCUUUCACUUUGCACCCAGUUUUGAUUGUAUAAUUUGAACCAGGUAUCUUGUAAAAUCGUAGUUUGUUAAAUAAAUAUGUUGUAAAUUGAA